AUGGCGGGACCUGAAGGACGUCGGUCGCCCGCGCCCGGGCACGACUCGAUCGAGCCGAGUAAACCAGAAGCACCACAGUACGGGCUUGAGAAGCAGCCGAGCUCCACGAGCAGCGUGGCAGCUGCGGCCCCAAGGGACGAGAAGAACGCAUCGACCCCGAUCGAGGAGCACUAUGGUGUCGACUCGGAGAAGCAGAGCGAGCAGGUCGGCUCGCUCCAGGCCAAGUCCGAGUCGGAGCUCCCCAAGAAGGCCUGGGUGGCUUUCUGCGAGCGGCACUGGAAGAAGGUGGCCCAACUGGUCACCUUUAUGGUCUUCACCGCAUGGUGGAUCUAUGGCCUAGUCUUCUUCCGGCAUACCGAGGGCAAAGGUUGGCUGAUUCCGACGCUGCUCUACCUCGCGAUCCUCGCACGUCUCAUCACGCUGUACCUCCCGGUGUCCCUCAUCAUGCGGCCGGUGCGCUUCAUCUGGCUGCGGACCGUGGUUGUGGGCUACAACCUGAUCCCGGCUAAGCUGCACCAGCCGCUAGCUGCGGUUGGCACGUUCGGCGUGUUCUUAAUCGGCAGCUUCGUGCCCGAGGAGACGGGCGACAACACACGGGCGAACCGGGCCAUCUCGAUCUUUGGCUUCAUCGUGAUGUUAGCGAUUCUGACAGCGACGUCGCGUAACUGGCGCAUCAUUCCGUGGCACACUGUCAUUGGCGGCAUGCUGACGCAGUUCAUCAUCGCCAUUUUUGUGUUGCGCAGCAAGGCUGGAUACGACAUCUUCAAGUUCAUCUCCGACAUGGCGCGGCAGCUACUCGGCUUCGCGGGCCAGGGCCUGGCCUUCUUGACGGACGACGACUUUGCGUACAAACAGGGCUGGUUCCUCACGGGCGUGAUCCCUGCCAUUAUCUUCUUCAUCGCACUCGUACAGAUGCUCUACUACGUCGGUUUCCUGCAAUGGUUCAUCCGCAAGUUCGCCACCUUCUUCUUCUGGACGCUGCGCGUGUCCGGGGCCGAAGCCGUGGUUGCGGCUGCCACACCCUUCAUCGGACAAGGCGAGUCGGCGAUGUUGAUCCGACCCUUCAUGGACCACCUGACGAUGGCCGAGAUCCACCAAAUCAUGACGUGCGGUUUUGCGACAAUCGCUGGCUCCGUGCUGGUCGCGUACAUCGGUCUGGGCCUUAAUGCGCAGGCGCUUGUGUCAAGCUGCAUCAUGUCCAUUCCCGCGACGCUGGCCGUGUCCAAGAUGCGCUAUCCGGAGACAGAGACACCCGUGACGGCCGGCAAAGUCGAGGUGCCCGACAACGGGGAUGAGGAGCACACGGUUAAUGCUCUUCACGCCUUCACCAACGGCUCAUGGUUCGGUCUCAAGAUCGGUGCCACCAUUGUCGCCUGCCUGCUAACCGUCAUCGCCUUUGUCGGCCUCAUUAACGGUCUGCUCGGCUGGUGGGGCGGCUACUGGGGUCUGACGGCCCCGGACAAGCCGGUGCUCUCACUCGAGCUGAUCCUCGGUUACAUUCUGUACCCGGUCGCCUGGCUGCUAGGCGUACCUAAGGACGACCUCCGGCCAGUCGGCGAGCUGAUUGGCAAGAAGGUCAUCAUCAACGAGUAUGCCGCGUUCAGCGCGCUGGUUACGGACAAGCGGUACAAGGCCAUGGCCGCGCGGUCCCGGCUCAUUGCGACAUAUGCCUGCUGCGGUUUCGGAAACAUUGGGUCCCUCGGCAUCCAGAUCGGCGUCCUAUCCCAAAUCUCGCCCCGUCGCGCCGGUGACGUCGUCAAGGUCUCGGUCUCGGCCUUUGUCUGUGGCGUCCUGUCUACCCUGACAUCGGCCAGCAUUGCCGGCAUGUUGUUCACCGAGGACAUGAUUUGA